GUCUAUACAGGCAACAGGCUUUUAACGAAGGCGGAGAAUGGCACAGACAUAUUUAAAGAAAAAAAAAAUAACAAAACUGUAGAAUAUUGAAAAUACACUACCACUUGAACUUGUCAUCUAAAUGCUAUAAUCCGUUUUUGGUAAAGAAAACCGUUGAGAUUCGUGAUCUCUGUCUUCCGAUGUUCCCUAAAAUACACUCGCUGAAGGAAAGUUUAGGAAGGCCUCAGACUUCACACCGUUUGGCACGUUUUAUUUGACUAAAGACGGAUUGCUACCUUUAUAUAAUUUUUCGCUUUAAUAAAGAAUAAGACAAGAAAACGGUUGGUAACAAAUAAUUGUAUUACAGUCGAAUGACUGAAGUUCUAUCUGGACGAAACUCGCGGUGGAAAAACAAUCUGCUACACGACGCGACAAUGAUGCCGAUGUUCCUGACCGUGUUUCUCAGUAACAAUGAGCAGCAUUUUACUGAGGUGCCCAUUAUCCCUGAGACGCGGUGUUGUGAUGUGGUUGAGCUUUGCAAGGAACCGGGUGAGAUCAGCUGCCACCUGGCUGAAGUGUGGAGAGGCUCAGAGCGUGUGCUAGGCGAGAGCGAGAAGAUGAUGGAUCUGUUGCUGCAGUGGGGGCAGGAGAGGUCUGAGGUUCGAUUCUUUCUACGGCAUGACCAAGCACCCAGCUCUCCAUCAGACUCCAGGAGUUCAAAUCAGAAGAGGAAUGACAUGAAGAGACCCACAGAUAGACGGACUGAGAAUGGGGUGAACAGCAUGUGGAUGAACAUGACUUUAGUAGAGCUGCAGGAGAUGGCUACCAGACAACAACAGCAAAUUGAUGCCCAGCAACAGCUCCUUGCCUCUAAGGAGCAGCGUUUGCAUUUCCUGAAGCAUCAGGAGCACAAGCAGCAGCAGGCAUCCUCUGAACAGGAGACUCUUAAGCAUCUGAGGGAAACUGUGGCGAAACAGGAGGCGCAGUUGAAGAAAGUCAGAGCACUGAAGGGACAGGUCGAACACAAACGCCUUAGCAAUGGAAAACUGGUGGAGGAGAUUGACCAGAUGAACAGUCUACUUUUGCUGAAGCAGAGAGAGUUGGUAGUAGCUGUGUCCAAAGUGGAAGAACUGAGCAAACAGCUAGAGACACUGAAAAAUGGACGGAUGGACAUGCUUCACAAUAACCGCAGCUCCGUGGCCGAGCUGGACCGCCUCUACAGGGAACUACAGCUGAGGAACAAUAUGAACCAGGAACAGAAUUCUAAACUCCAGCUACAGAGAGAAAACCUGAACGAGAGACACCAGGAGGUGGCUGCCAUGGACAAACGAGUAAAUGAACUGCGAGAUCGCUUGUGGAAGAAGAAAGCUGCCAUACAGCAGAAAGAGAACCUUCCUGUGCCUGUAGAUGGUCUAACCUCUCAACAGACUGGACCGUCUCGUGUGGCUGCAGUUGGUCCUUAUAUCCAGUCAUCUACAGUGCCCAGGGGCCCAAUCAAACAGGACCUGCUUAUUAAACCCACUUACCCAGAUGGCACAGCAACUUUACCACAGGACAGGAGCACUCACUCUGGGACAGGUCUGCAGUCAAACAAGAUGUCUUCAAAGUUUUCAAACUGGAGUUCAUCCACUACAAAGCCCGGCAACAACAACGGCUCAUCCACUCUCCCACCCAUGGCGAGCCAGGCAUCUGAAGACCAAGAUGACAAAGAUGUGCUGAAACACGACCACAGGGUGAGGCCAGCCUCCAUGUUUGAGUCCAUUGAGCCUCCUGCAGCUUCUUUACGCAAAAACCAGAGCAGCGAAGACCUUAUGAGAGAUGCUCAGAGUGCUGUCAAGAACACAGUCAAGGUUCCACCUCCAGUACCGAGUAAACCGAAACAGGUCAACCUGCCCUCUGGUGGCCAAUUGGGGUACACCAAGAUGGCCAUCAAUUCCGGUACCUUCCCUAGGAAGAGUAUGUCAUCCACUCAGCAGCCACCCGCAGGCUGCCGUUCCGGCCAGGGGAAUACUCUGCCCCUUCCCUCCAAACAAGAGGCUCCCCCAGCAGCUACAGUACACCCCUUCAGCCCAGAGGGGCAAGAUUCAGGUGGACAAAUCCUACUCAAGCCCCAGACGCUGGCUGCCAGCUCCAUCUAUUCUAUGUACACACAGCAGCCCACAACUGGUAAAACACAGCCACAGGGCGUGCAGGGAACACUGAACCGAGCUCAGAACCACAGCAACUUCACCAGCGUUUAUGGGAAGCCAGUGAUCCCCACAGGCCAUCAGUCUCAAAACCAUCACCCUGAGAACCCAUACCUGGACCCACUCAGUGGUUCUGAAACAGAGAUAGAACACAAUACUGGAGGCUCUUCUUCAGAGAACCAAGAGACCGAGCGUAUUCCCAGACCUCUCAGUCCCACCAAACUGCUUCCCUUCAUCUCGAACCCCUACCGCCAUCAGAGUGACGUCGACUUAGAAGCUCUCAGGAAGAAACUCUACAAUGCGCCACGGCCCCUAAAGAAACGCAGCUCCAUCACAGAGCCCGAGGGCCCAGGCGGCCCUAAUAUCCAGAAACUCUUGUACCAGAAGACCACUCUGGCCGCCAUGGAGACUGCAGUGAGUCCUCCUGGAGAAGAGGAGAAGGUUAAUACAACUGAACCUCAGAGAUCUGAUGAAACUUCACCAGAUCUGCCACUCCCUGAGCUGCUAAUGUCCAGAUCUACACCAGAAAAUGAAAUGUUAGAUAUCCCCCCUCCACCACCUCCACACCCAGCCCCACAGCCUGAUACUUCACUGGUAUCGCCACCUCCCCAGCCAACCAGCCCUCCUCCUCUACCGCCUCCAGAGAGCUUCAUGGAGGAGUUUCCUCCAUAUCCUCCACCUCCUUAUCCCAGUGGUGCUGAGCAGGAUGGUCCAGAAGACACUUUAUGCAUGAUGCCACCAGAGGUCACUGGCCAGGUUCCCUUGCCCCCUGGUAAGAGGACAAAUCUGCGUAAAGCCGGAUCUGAGCGCAUUGACCACAACAUGAGAGUGCGAUUUAAUCCUCUGGCACUGUUACUGGACUCAUCUCUGGAGGGAGAGUUUGAUCUGGUGCAGAGGGUCAUAUAUGAGGUUGAAGAUCCGAGUGAGCCUAAUGAUGAGGGAAUCACUGCCCUUCAUAAUGCAGUCUGUGCCGGUCAUACAGAGAUUGUUAAAUUCCUGGUUCAGUUUGGAGUCAAUGUCAAUGCUGCUGACAGCGAUGGGUGGACUCCUCUGCACUGUGCUGCCUCCUGUAAUAACGUGCAGGUGUGUAAGUUCCUGGUGGAGUCUGGGGCAGCGGUGUUUGCUAUGACCUACAGUGACUUGCAGACAGCAGCUGAUAAGUGUGAGGAGAUGGAAGAAGGCUACACCCAGUGCUCACAGUUCCUUUAUGGUGUGCAGGAGAAGAUGGGCAUUAUGAAUAGAGGGGUAGUGUACGGACUGUGGGACUUUGAGUGCAAACAGUGCGAUGAGCUUCUAUUAAGUGAGGGCGACUGCAUGACUAUACUCCGCAGGGAGGAUGAGGAAGAGACUGAGUGGUGGUGGGCACGCACAGGUGACAAUGAGGGCUAUGUACCCAGAAACCUGCUGGGGUUGUAUCCAAGAAUUAAACCUCGCCAAAGAAGUCUGGCUUAAAGAGAGGUGAACAAAGACCGCCAUCCUGAUGGAUCAGAAAAGAGAGAGGACAACCACGAAGGAUAGUCAAAUGACGCACACCACAAAUUAUCUUGAUCAUGAAGAAGUUUUUAGGACCAUUGACAUAUUUUGUCUAAUUUGAAAUAGUUUUUGUAAACUAUUAAGAAUUUUACCUUUUUAUGCCUUUUUUUUUUUUUUUUUUUUCCAAUAACUGUUGAUUUUACGGUGAUGGUCACUCUGGUGUCUGGUUUGUUUUCACAAUAGAAUACAAUUAGAUUAUUAUAAUUUUCAAUAUAUUCUAAUAUAAAGACUUUUCCCAAAAACUUACUUUUGGUACAUUUUUUCAUUUUUACAGGUGUUUAUAUAUUUUAUAUCUCUGCCUGUGCUAUUCAGUGAUUUAUUUCAUACAUUGUGCUGAAGACAUUAACAUUAUUUGAUUGAUUUUUUUUUUUUUUUUCAAUAACUGUUGAUUUUACGGUGAUGGUCACUCUGGUGUCUGGUUUGUUUUCACAAUAGAAUACAAUUAGAUUAUUAUAAUUUUCAAUAUAUUCUAAUAUAAAGACUUUUUCCCAAAAACUUACUUUUGGUACAUUUUUUCAUUUUUACAGGUGUUCAUAUAUUUUAUAUCUCUGCCUGUGCUAUUCAGUGAUUUAUUUCAUACAUUGUGCUGAAGACAUUAACAUUAUUUGAUUGAUUUUGGUCAUGUGCACAACGUAAAGUUUACCAACUGAAAUUAAAUGGCUUGUUUAUGGGCCGUUGAACUAAGUUUGCUGGAAAUUUGUGCAUGCCUGUUUGAAUAAGGGAAAUUUUUUGCUAAUUACAUUUAAAGCCAGUGAUUCAACAUAUUGAAAAGAGGGCUGGAAGUCUUUGAAUCAAGACCCAUGUAGUUUUGCUGGUGUAACAGUGCCUUAACCUGUACAACAAGUACAGCUAACUUUGCUAACUUUGUUGUUCAUUAUCUGAAGGGCCAGUACUUUUUUUGACAGGCUAUUGUUAAGGCUGUGUUCUAAUUAAGAAUAAUUUUCUGGUUUCAGAAAAUCGUGUGAUCGAGGCUCAGCUUCAGUUUCUACCCAUACAUGUGCAUGCUUCACUUUGCAUGUCAGAAUGUGCAUUCUUUUUUUGCAAACAUUUUAACGUUACAUUUAUAUAUGUAUACAAGUAGAAUGAAUAACACAAUAAUUACAGCAGUAAAAACUUGCCACAUACACUUCUGUUUAUUUGUGCAGUAUAUAUACAGGUGU